AUGUCAUGCCAAAAGAAAUGCGAGGGCUGUUCUUGCAGCGACGCUCCUCCCAAACCGACCGAAAUCGAAGAUUGCAUCGCCGAGCUUAAUGCCCUCCGUCGACGCAAUCAAGAGCUUGAAACUCGUCUCGGCGUUGCAUCUAAUGCCGGUAAGACAAAUGUAGUCCGCAAGCCGGGCAGGACACUCAGAUCCUCUGCGUGGUUUGACUGUCGCAGUGACCCCGGUAUGACCGCCAUCUACAUGGAGCGAUACUUCAACUACGGUAUUACCCGUGAAGAACUCAUGUCUGGCAAACCUAUGAUUGGAAUAGCUCAGACGGGAUCUGAUAUUGCGCCCUGUAACCGCCACCAUCAAGAGCUGGCGAAGCGUGUCCGUGAGGGUAUUCGCACGGCUGGUGGUAUUGCUUUUGAAUUCCCGACUCAUCCUAUUCAAGAGACUUCUCGACGGCCUACUGCGACUCUUGAUAGGAAUCUGGCUUAUUUGAGUCUGGUGGAGGUUCUGACGGGUUACUUCCUUGAUGGUGUGGUUCUUUUGACGGGUUGUGAUAAGACGACUCCUGCUUGCUUGAUGGCUGCGGCUACAGUGAACAUUCCAGCCAUUUGUCUGAAUGUUGGGCCUAUGCUGAAUGGGUACUCCAAAGGAGCUUUGACUGGAGCUGGCACUGUUCUGUGGAAAGGACGAGAGAUGUACGCCACGGGCGAAAUCGACGAGUACGAGUUUAUGGACUACAUUUCUCGAGGAACCCCUUCAGUCGGCCACUGCAACACGAUGGGAACCGCAUCCACCAUGAAUGCCCUUGCCGAGUCUCUCGGCAUGGCUCUUCCAGGCUCAGCUGCUAUCCCCGCAGCGUACCGCCACCGAGCUCAAUGCGCCUACGAAACGGGAAAGCAGAUCGUGGAGAUGGUCGAAUCAGACCGCAAGCCUAGCGAUCUGAUGACGCGCGAAGCAUUCGAGAAUGCAAUCGUGGCCAACGCAGCCUUUGGAGGUAGCACUAACGCUCCUAUUCACAUCAAUGCGAUCGCUCAGCAUAUGGGCGUCGAGGUCUCGAUGGAUGACUGGGAUAACAUUGGAUCGAAGAUCCCUCUUCUGUUGAAUAUGCAGCCUUCGGGUGAAUAUCUUGGAGAGGAGUACUACCGCGCUGGGGGACUUCCGGCUAUUAUGGCGGAGCUUCUGGAUGAGGGCAAGAUUAAUGGGGACGUUUUGACUUGCAAUGGGAAGACGAUGUCUGAGAACGUACGGGGCAAAAACUCGUGGGAUCGUCGAGUUAUUCGUCCGUACAGUGAUCCCUUGAUGAAGGAUGCUGGAUUUAUUCAUCUGAAGGGUACUCUGUUCGACUCUGCGAUUAUGAAGACUUGUGUUAUCUCACCUGCCUUCAGGGAACGCUACCUUUCCAACCCUGAGGAUCCGGAGGCGUUCGAGGGUUCGGUUGUGGUGUUCGAUGGUCCCGAGGAUUACAAUAGCCGACUCGAAAACAUGCCCAGCAUCGACGACAAGACGAUUCUUAUCAUGCGCGGCGUCGGUCCUUUGGGUUACCCCGGUGCAGCGGAGGUUGUCAACAUGCACCCUCCAGGCAGACUGCUCAAGCAAGGAAUCGACGCGCUGUUUUGUAUCGGCGACGGACGGCAGUCUGGAACGUCGGGUUGCCCGUCAAUUCUGAAUGCCAGCCCUGAGGCAGCCGCCGGGGGUAAUCUGGCCAUUAUCAAAGAUGGAGAUAAACUUCGAAUCGAUUUGCGGAAGCGGCGUGUGGAUAUUCUUAUCAACGACUAUGAGCUCCAGCAAAGAAUCCAGGAGAAUAGCCAGAAGGAAUACCCAUUGGUUCCCAGUGGUACUCCUUGGCAAGAAAUCUUCCGCCAGGAAACUGGUCAGCUGUCUGAUGGAAUGGUAUUGAAGAAGGCUGUCAAGUAUCAACGUCUGGCACAGCGGGAUGGCCCGCCCAGACACAACCACUGA